AUGUUUGGAGAUGCAACUUCUAAGUCUCCUCUUGGUGUGUUCAUGAACUAUCACUUGAAAAUUGGAGAAUGCAUCAUCCAAACUUAUCUUACUGUCAUGGAGAUGGAAGAAGAGAAGGAUCUACCUCUGUUAUUGGGAACCCCAUUCCUUAGUACAAUUGGCACUUCAAUAGACUUUCACAAGCAAGAAGUGAUUCUUCACAAGACUCAUGAAGCUACAAAGAUUGUGAAGGAAAGAGUUGACAAAGAACCAAGAGUUGGGAAGGAUAAGGUUGAUAGAGGACCAAGGAUUGAGAAGCCACGUCUUGAGAGGGCUAGAGUUGAGAAACCACGUUCUGAUAGGCAACGAGCUGAUAGACUUGUCAAGCCCCUUGUGUGCUUGAUGAAGAGAGCCUUCAAGCUUUGUUUGAUGAGCCACUAG